UCCAUGUGUCAUGAAAACAGGGCUGUCAGGGUGUGGGAGUGGGAAUGGGUUGCAAAUACUUGGGCAGGGGGCGUUUCGUGUCUUUAAAAAGAGCAUCACUUAUUUUGUCACAGGCUGCAUGGUCGUGCGAUUGCACUGGACUUCAGCUGACGGGUGCAAACAAUGGCGCUUCCGCCGCAGGAAUAUAGGAUGAGACGCAGAAGAUGUGACAGCACAGCAUCAGUGCCACAAGUCUGCAACUCUCCUACAAUGAUCGUCAUGGUGGGCCUGCCAGCCAGAGGGAAGACCUACAUCUCCAAGAAGCUCACUCGCUACCUGAACUGGAUCGGAGUGCCUACAAAAACAGCAUUUAAUGUGGGCCAGUACCGCCGACAGGCCGUCAAAACCUAUGAGAGCUUUGAGUUCUUUAAACCUGACAACGAGGAGGCCAUGAGUAUCCGCAGGGCCUGUGCAGCUGCUGCACUCAGAGAUGUUGCUACCUACUUCACACUGGAACAAGGACAAGUGGCGGUUUUUGAUGCCACAAACACCACCAGGGAGAGAAGAGCAGUCAUCAUUAGUUUUGCCAAGGAGAGAGGAUACAAGGUGUUCUUUGUGGAGUCAAUCUGUGAUGACCCAGAUAUAAUAGCAGAGAAUGUCAAGCAAGUGAAAUUCGGCAGUCCGGAUUAUGUGAAUCGCAGCAUGGAAGAAGCCAUGGAAGACUUUCUCCAGCGUAUUGUGUGUUACAAGUCCAGCUACAUGCCCAUAGAUGAUGAGAAAGACAGAAAGCUCUCCUACAUUAAGAUCUAUGAAGUGGGCAAAAGGUACCUGGUGAAUCGAGUGCAGGACCACAUCCAGAGCAGGAUCGUCUACUACCUCAUGAGCAUCCAUGUUACUCCUAGGUCCAUCUAUUUGAGCCGCCACGGGGAGAGUGAACUCAAUCUUUUAGGUCGGAUUGGCGGAGACUCGGGCUUGUCCACCAGGGGACAUGAAUAUGCUGCUGCUUUGAGAAACUUCAUCCAGAGUCAGACCAUCAAUGAUCUGAAGGUGUGGACCAGCCACAUGAAAAGGACCAUCCAGACUGCACAGGCACUGGGGGUUCAGUACGAGCAGUGGAAGGCUCUCAAUGAGAUAGAUGCUGGUGUGUGUGAGGAAUUAACAUAUGAGGAGAUUCAGGAGAAUUUCCCAGAAGAGUUUGCACUGAGGGACCAGGACAAGUUUCGAUACCGGUACCCAAGGGGUGAGUCCUAUGAGGACCUUGUCCAUCGCCUGGAACCAGUCAUCAUGGAGCUGGAAAGGCAGGAGAAUGUUCUAGUCAUCUGCCACCAAGCUGUCAUGCGUUGCCUCCUGGCCUACUUUUUAGACAAACCUGCAGAUGAGCUCCCGUAUCUUAAAUGUCCUCUUCACACAGUGCUCAAACUCACACCAAUAGCCUACGGGUGUCAAGUUGAGCCCUUUUACCUCAAUGUUGAGGCAGUCAACACACACAGAGAAAAGCCCGGGAAUGUGGACGUCAACAGAAACCCGGAGGAAGCUCUGCAGACCGUUCCUGAUCACAUCUGAACGAUGCUGAGUGCAAACAGACAGUGGAGUUGGGAUGCUGCUGUCGUCUAUGAAGGCGUCCUGUCACUCUGGCCAUGCUUGGAUGAGUAAGGUCAUGUUUGGGGGAAAUCUGCGAUGAUGCCGCUGAUAAGCUGCCGUGACUAUCGUUGAUAUGCAGCACAUGAAUUGUGAUUUAGCACAAAGGCAAACGCUGCCUUACUCCUGUCUUGCAGAGGACAUUAAAAGGAAAAUGACUUCAAAAUGAGGAACACAAAAAUGAUGUUGUCCUUACACUGAUGGAUGUGCUGACUGUGGUGAUGAACUGAUGAAAAAGGUGAAAAAACUGUGUCAGUAAUGUUUAUGUCCAGGGGAACAAAGGAACUAAAGAAAAAAUAUUUUGAAUGAAUUGUUCUUUGACUUGAGA